AGCCUCCCUCAAUCUCAACUUCUCAACGCGGCUGUCCUGCUGUCCCAACUCGCUCCGACCACCGCCCACUGCCGACACCUCCCUCAUUCUCUCAGGCGAUGCACACCGAUAAUAUCUGGGAGUGAAGGAAGUCAAGGAACCACAGAUUCUUAUUCUUGCAAUAUGGAGAGCUCUCAAUCCAAACGGUCUGCUUCUUUUUCUGAACAAACGUCACAGCCACUUUCUGAAAAGGAUAUGGAAGAAUUGCAAUCUACUUUGCCUCCUGAUAAGAAGCUAAAAGCGGGGCGGGAAUAUAUAUGGAACAGAAAAAGUAAGAGGAAAGCUGAGUAUUGGAAAUAUUACUUAGAGUACGUCGAGAAUGGAAAACUACGAGCUGAAUGUAAGUUCUGUCCUAAAACUUUUGCUGCUGAUGGUAAUCUUAAUGGUUCAAAAAAUGUUAAAAACCAUGCAGAAUCAUGUCUCGGUAAUCCUAUUAAUAUAGAAAAAGAAAAGGGCAAAGAAAAGCAAACUAAAUUGUAUUUUGAUCAAGAACAUGAGAGUAGUGAAUUAAAGUGUGGGAGUAGGAUUAUUAACUUGAAUGAUGUUAGAGAGGCAUUGAUUCACAUGAUUAUUGUUGAUGAGUUACCAUUUAAGCAUGUGGAAAAAACCCGGUUUUAGGCACUUUGUGCAAGUUGCAUGUCCACAAUUUCACAUUCCAUCUCGUGUUACCAUUGCUCGUGAUUGUUUAAAGUUGUAUUAUAGUGAAAAAGAGAAAUUGAGAGAAAUGUUUAAGACAUGUCAAAGAAUUUCUG